CCCUACGUAUCUGUACGUGAUGACGCAAGUCGCCCAAAGAACAAACCGACGCAUGAUCUGAGAGAAAGAGACGCCGGUGAACAAGAGGACAUGGCUGUGAACGUACAUUCCACUUCAGUGACUAGCGACAAUCUGAGUCGCCAUGACAUGCUCGCAUGGAUCAAUGAGUCUCUACAAAUGAACUUUACCAAGAUCGAGCUUUUAUGUUCAGGUGCAGCCUACUGCCAGUUCAUGGACAUGCUGUUUCCAGGCUGCAUACCUUUGAAGAAAGUAAAAUUUGGUGCAAAGUUAGAGCAUGAAUACCUUCACAAUUUUAAGAUAUUGCAGGCCGCCUUCAAGAGGAUGGGCGUUGACAAAAUUAUUCCGGUUGACAAGUUGGUGAAGGGCAAAUUUCAAGACAAUUUUGAAUUUGUUCAGUGGUUUAAGAAGUUCUUUGAUGCCAACUAUGACGGAAAAGACUAUGACCCAGUGGAAGCGCGACAGGGCCAGGACACCAUGCCUCCACCCAACCCCUCCAUGUCUGCCCUCAGCAAACCCAAGAAGAUCAUGAAUGCAGCACCACAGAGAGCAGCUGUUGCCAAGGUAACACCCAAGAUGGCGCCUAGCUCUGCUAGGAGACCUGGUGCUGGUGGUGAUGAGGAAAGGGCGGAGCUUAUUCAAGAGUUAAACAUCUUGAAGUCUACGAUCCAGGACAUGGAGAAGGAGCGGGACUUUUACUUUGGCAAACUGAGGAACAUUGAGCUGAUCUGUCAAGAGAAGGAGGGUGAGGGAGACCCCACCCUGCAGAGGAUUGUGGAUAUUCUCUAUGCCACAGACGACGGGUUUGUCAUACCAGACGCUGAGUCAGAGGACCAGGAGGAGUUCUAAUGCAUGUGAUUUGUUGCAGUUUUACCCUCUUCUCACCUUUUUCAUUCGUGUCCUCUCCACACAGUCACUACCCCGCCAUCCACACAUCAUAUUAUGCAUUUGGACUUUUCCGAACAAACUUCAUACUGAAUCCCAUUGCAUCUGCAAAAGCAUGCACAGACACACUUAAUGUUGAAAGAACUGUUUUAAUGCCCUCAGACCUCUGGCUGCCACGAUACUCCUGUUUCUCUCAGAGGAAUAGUGUGUUUCCUGUCUAAUAUACGAUCUAAUAUUGCUUUCCUCUUUCAGCAACUUCAGACACCUGCAAAUGUAUUUAUCUUAUUUGAAAUGUCUCUGAAACGUCUUGGACACAUCCUCUGUAGUGAUUUAUAGGUGCCGUCUCCCCCCUCACUGCUGUGGUACAUAUCUGUGAUCACGUCUUAUUCAGAACCGUACCUUACUGACACAAAACAGAGGGACGGAAUGACAAACGUGCAUUAGUUCAUUGCAAAAACCCUCUCACUUCCUAGUUUCCAUUCAUGGUUUUGGUGCUUGCUUUAGCAUGAGGCAGGUAGCAGUCACCACCGCUCCAGUCUAUCCUCAGUGACUGUGCCUUAUACAGACUGUUUGGAGGGAGUGGACCCAGUCUGACGUUUGUCUUUUCUUUGUUUUAUGGAUGUUGUGAAGCGUCGUUUUCGAGUCGACGCCUGUACUAACACUCAGUCGUGCGCUUUGGCCUACAGGAUGCUGAUGUACUGUGGUGUCACGGUUGCACGAGUUUAAAUAUUUUUAUUAUAAUUUUAUUGCUUUCAUUUUAAAGAAUUAUUUGUAUGAAGUUAGUAGCCACUACGUUGGUGGAAAAUUUGAGUUGACAAGACAAACACUGCCCAUUUUCUACCUGUUUUUACUGCCUUAUAUUUAAUGCGUUUUUCUGUCCUUUCAUUCGCACUGUCUCUUGGUAGAUGUUUGUAAUUCAAGUUAUUAAAGUUUUACAUUUACAUUUUUUUGUUUCUUUUAAUUAUUCUUUGUAGAAGUAGUAGCAGCAGCAGCAGAAUAUUGUUUCUUUCAGACAAAUCUUUUAAAUACACAAGAUGAGAACAUGAAAUCUUUUGAGUUAUUUUAAAAUAUUGCACUCUUUCAAGACCAUUCCCCAAAAAAGCAUGUCAAGCUGAUGAUACAAAUACAAAAAGACUAAAACUAUCAACUAAAUGAGCUUUUUAGAUGAACGUUUUACUUCUCGCUCAUUUUCUAAAAGCCUGAGUUCUGAAUUUGAUCUAUACGAGUUACCUUUUCAGGCAAUGCUUGCUCAAUUCAUUUGUCAUUUUUAGGAGAUUCAAGGUGAUUCUGACUUUAGAUCACUGUGCCAGCUCUGACUUUCUCCGACGUGUAGCUUCAUUGUUUUCAUGUGCACUGGUCAUUCUCAAUCAAUAUGAAUUUUUCUGUGUGUAGUUCUCAAUGUUGCAUUUGACAUCGAUAGCACAUGCAAAACCGGCAAUCAGAGUUGUUAUUGGUGCUAUAAAUACUUUGACCCUUAAACACUUGCCUGUUUGUGCUAGAAAAGCCUUUUUGCUGGAUGUUUUGGUUCAUUGGAUUAGAAAUAUUGCUGCAGUUGGGCAAAUAUAACAGCGCUGGGUCUGUUCUAAAUAGGAGACAAUAGGAAAACAAGUGACACUCACAUUUCUGGGCUUGCAUUGACAAAUAUCCCAUUGUAAUUUCACAUAAGCCGAACUGCUAAAUAUUGGCAUAAGGUGGAUGCAAGUAAAAAUGUGGAAGGAAGUAGUUUGGAAGCAGGUAAUGUCUGUUAAAGGCAGUGAUUGACCCUUCCUACCUUCCUUUCAAUGCUCUGUGGCCUUUAAGAACAAUCUGUAGCGAAGGUACUCAGUACACUGUGGGCCCUCUCCCUGUUUUUGUACUUGCAGGCUGUUAAGAGUUCCACAUUUUUAACUGAAGUCCAUUUCUUACAAUAAAACAGUAUUUACAUGU